AUGAACGCCCCACCCUACCAAUGGCGCGCCGGCAUCGGCUACCUCCCCUCCAUGAACGGUGGUUUCUGGCCCGGCCCAAGCAUGUUCAUCGCGCCACCAGGCCCCAUUCCCCUCAUCGUCCCUGGGCCCGUACCCCAACCAGUAGUCUUUGUUGGAGGCCCGCCAGGCUUCUACGCUGGCCCCCCUCCGGUGCCCGUUAGCCCUGGUCCCGUGCCCGCACCCGCACCCGCACCCGCACCUGCCGCUGCUGCUGCUCCGCGCAACAACUUGGCUGGCGGCCUCCGUGGCGGAGUCAACCUGAUGUUUGCAGAGAAGUACACGACUAUCCAUGUGAUAGGUAACUGUGCAGAGCCGUGGAAAGACGCGGGGCCGAAUCUGCAGUUCAGCAUCCAGAGGACGCCUAUGGACUGGAGCGUCGGCACCCUGAUGGAGCGGCUGGGUGGAGGCGAGAGCAUCAUUGAGAUCGUGGAGGCUGGAGGCGGGAAAUUUAUCAAGGGGCUUGAGAUCAAAAAGGGCACGGAAAAUGCAAAGAAACCUUUGGGCGAGGUCGGUUGGAAUGAGAAGAGGGGUGGAGAUAGGCCGCCUGUAUGGGUUGUGCUAACGAAGAAGAAGUGA